GACCAUAGGAUAUACACCGCUCUAGCGCCUACUCCUUCUCGUACUUCUACGCCGGUACCGACAUCGCUAACGACCAACGGCACUCGUUCUACUCCCAACAUGGCGGAUGGAGAGCCUGACUACAGCUCUCUGCCCUUAACAGAGAGAUGGGUACAUAAAGUUUGGAAAGUGCGCAAACAGGCCUACGAAGAGGCUGCAAAACAGUUCGAACUCACCCCAGACGAGCACGAUCCCGCAUUCCGACCGUUCAACCAAGAUCCUAGUCUUUGGAAAGGAGCCGUCGCAGAUUCAAACGUUGCAGCGCAAUCAGAUGGUAUCGCCGCAUACUGUGCCUUCUUAAAAUUCAACGGAAAAGAAGGUUGCGUCCGUUCGCGUGGUCACGUUGUCACUCCUAUCGUCGAGAAGGGCCUUAUAUCUACUAGACCUGCGACCAAGGCCGCCUCUAUCGAGGCACUAUUACUUCUUAUUGAAUGUGAUGUGGCCGGCCCCAUCAUCGAGGACAUACUCCCAGCCGUAUCUGCGAAACAACCCAAAGUCAUCGCCGCUGCCUUGGCAGCUCUCACCACCAUUUUCCACAACUAUGGUUGUAAAGUAGCCGACCCGAAACCUGCUCUCAAAAUCCUCCCGAAGGCUUUUGGGCAUGCAGACAAGAAUGUGCGAGCGGAGGCGACCAACCUGGCUGUUGAGUUCUACCGAUGGCUCAGGGACGCAAUGAAACCUAUGUUCUGGGGUGAUCUAAAGCCAACACAACAAUCUGACCUGGAAGCGCAGUUCGAGAAGGUUAAGGCAGAGGCGCCACCGAAACAGGAACGUCUCUUAAAAUCGCAACAGGCAGCCCUAGCGCGUGCGCCACCACCCGGAGCCGAAGGCGAUGACAUAGGCGAUGAAGAUGGAGCCGACGAGCCCGCCGAAGUAGACGCAUUCGAUCUCGCGGAACCCCAGGACGUCCUCUCGAAAGUUCCAGGCAACUUUCACGAUAACCUUGCGUCUUCAAAGUGGAAAGAUCGUAAAGAAGCUCUCGAGGCACUCUUUGCGGCGCUCAAUGUACCGAGGAUAAAAGAUGGUGAUUAUGCCGAGAUCAAUCGCGGGUUAGCGAAAUCGAUGAAAGAUGCCAAUAUUGCUGUGGUCACACAAGCAGCUCAGUGUAUUGAAGUGCUUGCCAAGGGUCUCCGAAAAAGCUAUGGCAAAUACCGGGCGACCGUCAUGGCACCCAUAAUGGAAAGGUUAAAAGAAAAGAAGCAGACGGUCUCGGACGCGCUAGGUGCCGCCCUAGAUCAAGUUUUCCUCGCGACAAGUCUAUCCGAUUGUCUCGAAGAUAUCUUCUCAUUCCUUGGGCACAAGAACCCGCAAGUCAAAGAGGGGACGAUGAAGUUCCUUGUCCGUUGCCUUAGAACAACCCGAGAGGCCCCGAGCAAGCAAGAGGUAGCCAGUAUCGUUGAAGCGGCGAAGAAAUUACUCGCGGAAUCUAGUGAAGGCUUGAGAUCUGGCGGAGCUGAAGUUCUGGGUACAGUCAUGAAGAUCAUCGGUGAACGUGCGAUGAACCCUCAUCUUGAGGGUCUUGACGAGAUUCGAAAGAACAAGAUCAAGGAAUACUUCGAAAAGGCAGAAGUCAAAGCUAAGGAUAAGCCCAAGCCAGCCCCAGCAGCUCGUGGCCCACCUGGUGGUCCGAAGAAGAUUGUCGGCGGUGGGAAAAAGGCCCCUGGAGCCGCCAAGAAAGCAGCACCGGCAGCCGCACCUCCCCCUGCAGCAGAACCGACUCCUCCGACGCCACAACCCGCCACCCGUACUGCUCCAGGAAGCAAGCUUGGCAUGCCCAAACCCGGCCUCUCUGGGCUAAAAGCACCUCAAAGACGACUUGCCCCCCCUGGUACAGCAUCUCCACGAAGAGCACCUGCGGCAGCAGCCCCACCCCCGCCCAUCGAGGAUGAGGAACCCCCAGCGUCGCCGCCUCCCAAGCCCCGAAUCGGGCUCGGAAGAGGUGGUCUUGCAGGGCGAUCAUUAGCGAAGCCCGCUGCUGCGCCAGCCGCAGCGCCUUUAGCAGCCUCACCGCCCCCGUCAAGUGGGCUUACGGCCAUGGAGCGUGCGGAACUUGAAGAACUACGUACAACCAACGAGCGCCUUACCAAACAGGUUGAUGAGAUGCGACAUGAACGAAGCAAGCUUACGUCGGAAGUACAAGAACUCAAGAACCAGAAUGCGGGACUUAUUGAGGACCACACUAGAGACGUGCUUAGUAUCAAGGCCAAAGAAACUCAGUUGGUCAGGGCAAGGAGCGACGCAGAAUCAGCCGAACAAACCAACGAGAGACUCCGACGAGAACUAGAGCGUCUCAAGCGCGCACUCAGUAGAGCCGAGGGCCUAGGUGUCUCCGGUGGCAUUGGAAGUCCCGGAAUGACGAGUCCCACACCCGAUGAUAUGGGCAUCUACCGCGACGGUUCCAACUACUCGGGUGCUAGAGGCAAUAGGAUGAGCUUUAAUAGCACCCUGUCAGAAGAGAAAGAAAAUGGUGAUGCGCCUCACAAUUAUCCACGAAGCAAGUUGAGCCCGGAAUUGCGAUACGGCAGCGGAUCCAGCGGGAGGGGAAGUCCUGCCCGUGGCUUUAGGGGCCCGUCAAUUGAGGAAAAUGUCAGACAGGACACUGGACCCGCUGCCAACGCGGCGGCUGCUGGAGGCGGCGCGAACGGUGUCGAGAGUUGGAAAAGGGCGGCAGAGGUGACGAGUCAGCUCAAAGCUAGGAUAGAGCAAAUGAAGGCUAAGCAAGGGUUCAACCGACCGUAAGGUUUUGGUCGGUAUAGGAAUUUUGGUCAUUAGGAAUGGCGUUGCUAGAAGAAAGUCCAAAAGUGGAAUUAGGGUGUUCGUAUGUUUGAUCAAGUGCAUUUUUCUGGCGUCGGAAUACAUACCCCAGUCUUAUUUUUUCGAUGAAGCAUUCAGCAACGUCACGAUAAUCAUGAUUAGACUUAAUUGGCCCCUAGAAGAGUCGAGGCGAGGGUGUAUUUAUAUAAACGCGUCGAGGGGACGAACAC